UGAUUGUGACGCUGGUCGGUAGGUAGACCUGUAAGUGCUGAAGAUGGCGGAACAGGCAAGCUAUCCGUCAGCAAAAAAUCAGGAAGGAAAGGCAGAUUUAAGCAAAAACCCCCCAACAGGCGAUCAUGUUCCUGAUCCGAAGAACAUCCAAGACUUAACGCAAUACGUACAAACGCUCUUGCAACAGAUGCAAGAUAAAUUCCAAGUCAUGUCGGACCAAAUAUUGUCAAGAAUCGAUGAAAUGGGUCACAGGAUCGAUGAUCUAGAGAAGAACAUCACUGAACUCAUGACUCAAGCAGGUGUUGAUGAGGCAGAAAAGUGAAUUACAAGGUGUAUGUAGUACCCUAAAGAACUGUCAUUGCUAUGAAACAUUCUCAAGGUCAAGCUAAUUAUUGUAUAUCGCCUGUGGGGCCUAAUGGGGUUUGUUAUUAUGUUAUGUAGUGUGUUCUUUUCAUGUACUAAUAGAAUUCCAAAGUAAAUACCUUGUAUCAUA